GUGGAGCCUGUCACUCGUCUAACUUCUUCCACGAAUGUUGCGGCUACUGCUACUGAUGGCUGCUUUGGAGGCAGUAGUAGUGCCCAUUCAUUUGUCCAGACAAAUGGCUACCAACAGCCUCCUGGCAUCCCUGACUCCCAAAGCCAAACUUCACUAACUUCGGGUUAUGCUAGCUGUUUACCCGCCAAUGUACAAUGUCACCAACACCAACACCAGCAAAGCCAACAGCAACCAUGUGUCUCAAGUAUGUGCACAUCGACUGUGAUUCUACCUCUUCCUCCAACGUCAACACGUCCAUAA